AUGGAGAAUCACAUUUUCUUAUUGAUUCUUCUCUUUCUAGUUCAAUAUUAUUCUCUUUCUAUCUCAGCUUCUUUGUCGAAUGAAACAGAUCAACAAGCUCUACUAGCUUUCAAUGAUCUUGUUACUAGUCCUAGUCAUUUUUGGGCAAAUAAUUGGACUAAGAAUACUUCUUUUUGCUCUUGGUUUGGUGUCACUUGCAGUCCAAAAAGGCAAAGGGUUGUGGCCUUAGCUCUUCCUAAUUUGAAACUUCAAGGCACAAUAUCCCCGUCAUUGGCCAAUUUGUCCUUUCUGAGUGUGCUCAAUCUCGGGAACAACUUAUUCCAUGGUGGUGUCCCUUAUGGACUUGGCCACUUGCCUCGCUUGCGAGUGAUUGACAUUCAGAACAAUCACCUCGAGGGAAGUAUUCCGACAAGUCUAUUUCAACAUCAGAGAGUUCAAGUAAUCUCAUUGGCUUACAAUAAAUUCAGUGGCGAAAUAUGGCAAGGGCCAUGGUAUGUACCCGAACUUAGAGUCCUAAAUCUCAGGAACAAUAGUCUCACCGGUAUUAUCCCGCCAUCUGUUGGAAAUGCCACAAAGUUGUCGAACUUCAGUUUGUAUGGCAAUAGGGUCCGCGGGAACAUUCCAAAGGAUAUUGGCAAUCUGAGCCAACUUGAAUUUUUGUCCUUGGUUGAUAAUCAGUUGACAGGUUCUAUUCCUGUAGCACUGUUUAAUAUUUCAUCACUUCAUGCCGCAUCUCUGGCGCACAAUAGCCUUUCCGGUCCUCUCUUGUUUGAUGAAAGAAAUAUUGUGUCAAAUCUGGAGUAUUUAGGCAUAUCUAACAACCAAAUUUCUGGUUGCAUUCCUUCCAACAUAUGCCAACUCACGGAACUUAAAGUUCUUUCCAUAUCUUUAAACAAUAUAAUUGGAGAUAUACCUAGAAAUAUUGGUUGUUUAUCCAAAUUAGAGGAGUUAUAUAUUGGUGAUAAUCCAAUAACGGGGACUAUUCCCACUUCAUUGGGCAAUAUCUCCGCUCUGCAAUAUCUUUAUUGUCGAAACAAUAACAUUGUGGGGCAAAUUCCUCCGGAAUUAGGGAAGCUAUCAAAUUUGAGGCAUUUAAUCAUUGCCCAGAAUGAUAAUCUUACUGGUCAGAUUCCAGAGGGUAUUUUCAAUAUAUCUUCUUUGGAAACAAUUUUUUUCAAUUUCAACGAUCUCUCAGGGAGAAUUCCAUCCACUAUAGGUCUUCAUCUUCCUAACCUUGAAGGACUUUUCUUGGCACACAAUCAGCUCGAUGGGGAAAUUCCAUUGUUCAUAACAAAUGCUUCCAAGCUUGAGAUACUGGAGUUAGCACAUAACUUUCUCACAGGAACUAUUCCUACUAAUUUGGGAAAUCUCCGUGAGCUGCAACAUCUGUUCCUACAUACCAAUCAACUUACAAAUGAACCAAGAGAUCAUGAGUUGCGAUUCUUCAAUUCUUUGGUGGACUGUGGGAUGUUGCGAUAUGUACAGGUGGGUUCCAAUCCAUUGAAUGGCGUUCUGCCCAAUUCUAUUGGGAAUCUGUCGUCAAGUAUUGAAAUUAUUUAUAUAGGCGAUGCACAUAUCAAUGGCCUCAUCCCCACAAGUAUAGGAAACAUGAGCGGUCUAACAGGCUUAGACUUGAGAGGCAACAACUUGGCGGGAACUAUUCCUUCUGAUGUUGGUAAGCUUAAGAAAAUCGAAGGGCUGUAUCUGAAUAACAAUAAGUUGCAUGGCCAUAUUCCAGAGGCGAAUGUUUAG